UUAAUUAGAGUAUAUGCUAGCCGACGGGAAACCUAUUCACGACGGGUUUAGCUCCUCAUCCUCCGUCCUCAGCAUUUACCGGCCGCUCGCUGUUUGUAGAAAAUGGCGUUACUAACCCCACUUUUAGCCUUUCUUUAUCACUUGCCACUGGUGUACAAAUGGCUGUUGAAGCCAUAUUAUGUCGCCUCUUUGUUUAUGUCACUCGCUUUCUUCGCGGUCCGCAAGACACCAGGAAUAUGCGAACACCUAUCAACUCAACGAGAGGACGGGAACUCCUGCGACUUUGACUGGAGGGAAGUGGAGAUUCUCAUGUUCCUCAGUGCAAUCGUCAUGCUGAAGAACAGGAGAGCAAUUACAGUAGAACAGCACGUAGGAAACAUCAUCCUCUUCAGCAAGGUGGCCAAUGUGUUCCUGUUCUUCAGGCUGGACAUUCGUUUGGGCUUGCUCUACCUAACCCUUUGCAUCGUGUUUCUCAUGACCUGUAAGCCACCACUCUAUAUGGGCCCUGAGUACAUCAAGUACUUCAAUGACAAGACUAUAGAUGAGGAGCUGGAGAAGGACAGCCGCGUGACCUGGAUUGUGGAGUUUUUUGCCAACUGGUCUCCAGAGUGCCAGUCCUUUGCCUCUGUCUAUGCAGACCUGUCACUGAAAUAUAAUUGUGCUGGUCUCAAAUUUGGGAAAGUGGACGUUGGCCGAUAUGGAGAGGUGUGCAAGAAGUAUAGGGUGAGCGCAUCUCCCCUAUCAAAGCAGCUGCCCUCCCUGGUCCUCUUCCAGGGUGACAAGGAGGUCAUGAGGCGCCCCCAAGUGGACAAGAAGGGAAGGGCAGUUUCCUGGAGCUUCACUGAGGAGAACAUCAUUAGAGAGUUCAGCUUGAACGAACUCUACCAGAAGUCCAAGAAGCUGGGCAAGGCUAAGGGCGAGAAGAGUGAGAAAGCCAAUGAAACCCAGUUCCCAACUGUGCCUGAGGAGGAGGAGCCUGAGCCUGAAGUCAACGCCCAGGAGACCAAGAAGGACAAAUAGGAGUCCAUGCUUCUCUUGAAUGUUGUGACAUCAUCACAGGACUGGCUGGCAUUAUGCAAGUAGUAUUGAGUGGAGUGUGUGAAUUUAAUGGUACUGAAUGGGAACAAGUUAAAGAUUGUGAUUUUUUUUUUUUUUUUUUUUUUGUAGAACUUACAAAUUGCAAUUCAAUUGCAAAAUAACAUCAUUUAUAUCCUUUUAAAACCACGUGAUCAAAUUAAUUUAAGAUGGGCCCUAGAUUACCACUCCAGUGGUACAUAACAUUUUCUCACUGGACCUCUGCCUAUUAUACUGUAACUCUAAUGUUUUUUUAAUAAAGUAGAUAUAAUUUAAGAUGAUCCAAUGAAGCAUUUCAUGCGCUCUACCUCUGGUAGCAUCAUUGAUUUAAGUGACUUUUUUUUUUUUAACAACUAUACUUUUUAUUAUUUAUGUGUCAGAUACUAUUGGUCAUGUUUGUCUCUUUUUUUUGUGGUUAUUAAUUCCUGUCAUUUUGUUGUUACAUCUGCCUACAAUUUAUGGGGCUAGAAUGAAGUUGUUGUUUUCUUUCAUUUUUUUUUAUAUACUGAAAAGGGAUAAGGAGGCAGAAGAUUUGUAGGUGUUACUUCAAUAUCACUCCCCUGAAUCCAUGGUUCUGCCUAGAUAAGCAACACUCCAGUCAUUCCUGAAGAGUCCUGGUGACCCUGUCAUUCUUGAAGCAGGUGGCAAGUUUCAUCAUAUUUCUUAGGUGUUAUGGUUCACCGUCAGGCUUAAUUUUCCCCAUUCAACCAGGACGGACUUUCUUUUUCUCAUAUUGUGCACAUUUCCUGCCCUAAUGGGGCCCAUGUCUGAAAACACUGUAAAGUCUAGAGGUCUGUUUUAGCUUAAUAUAUGUUUUCCAGUAAGCCAUUAUACAAUUUUCACACUUUUAUUUAAAUGAACCUUUAUUUUCCAUCUUGGUCCUCAGUAUGGGUAAUAUCAGGUGAUUGAACACCGCUGAUUGCAACGAAACCUCUCGCUAAACACAUUACUGAGGUGAUGUGGACUUCCUGCUGUCAACCCGUGCUUAUGUGUGCUUUGAAUGAGCCAUGCGUUUUUCAUUGAUUCAUUGUUUUUAUUUCACCGAUCUUGCUCUGUGGUGACUGAUAAUGGGCAGCGUGCCAUGGAUGAGAUGUGUUGUUUCUCAUAUAAAAUAAAACUACAUAAAUAACUUCA